CUAUAAUCAAGCGGGAGCGAAAUAAAAGGAAGAUAGGCUUGAUUUACAAACAAAUUGGUUCUUUCUUACAAUAUUAUCAAACUAGAAGGAUGUAGAUGCAAUUCAUUUUGGUUUAAGAUCUACUUAAUUAUUUAAACCAAAAUUUAAUCAUUUCCAUAAAUACAAAAUCCAAUUAGAAAAAAUUUCUAACAUUCAUAUUCACUCCAUUGUCCUUCUCACUAAAAAUAACUCCCUUUCUUCUGAGCAAAGUAGUGACUCUUCUCUACUCUAAACAAGUUUCCUUAUCUCAAUUUUGCUUCUUUUACAACCCCUUUUAAAGAUUCUAUCAGUUUCAUCCUUUAAAAACUAUGAUAUCUAUAGAGGUGCUUUAAAGAAGGAUCAGUUUUAAAAUGGCAGGUGAUAUUGAAGAACCAUUUAGGCUUAGUUUCCAGGCAGAUUCAUGGCAAUCUGGAUCUAUCUCAUUCGGUAGAUUUGAGAAAGAAGCUUUAUGUUGGGAGAGGAGGUCUUCUUUCACACACAACAUGUAUCUUGAAGAGGUUGAGAAAUACUCCAAGCCAGGUUCUGUAACCCAUGAAAAAGGCAUAUUUUGAGGAUCGUUUUAGAAGGAAGGCACUUCUAAGCCAGAGUUCAUCCGACUUCCAGAAUGGGGCUGAUUCUCAAGCUAGUUAUGAUGGACCUGAGAAUACAGAUUAUGAGGGGGACUUUGAGCAUGUUAAUGAGAUUGGCCAUUCUGCAUGCUUUGUUGAAAAUCAUGACAGAGCAGCCACUUUACUGGAGAAUGGAAAGUAUCAAGCUAGUGAAAAUAAAGGCUAUGCGGGGCACUUGGAGCUUGUUAAUGAAGUUGGCCAUUCUGCAUGUUUUGAUGAAAAUCAUGAAAGAUCAACCCAUUUAUCGAAGAAUGGAAAGUAUCAAGCUAAAAACACAGGCUAUGAUGGAAAUUUCAAGCUAGUGAAUGAGGUUGGUGAUUCUGCACGCUUUGAGGAGAGUUUUGAUGAAUCAAACAAUGGAGACAUUGAAGUUACAAAAUGUGGCAGAGAAGGAUCAAGCCAUAGAGACGUUGAAGCCACAGAAUAUGACGGAGAAGAUAGUAUAAUUUUCCAUUAUGGACGUAAUAUACCAAUAGUUCAGAUGUUCUUCAAAGUGUUCCUAAAAAUCUGGAAGCUGAAGCAAAAUUUAAUCUCAAUGCUGGAAAUGUAGUUUUUAAUGAUCCUAAACCUACGAUUGAAGUGAAAGAGAAACUAGAGGGCCAAGAUAAUAGUAUCAAGUUCUCAUCAAACUCUGUUCAUCUAUCCUCUUAUGCUCACACCACUGAGAAAGAUGGCAGUGUUAGUUCAGAACCUCAGCGAAGUUCAUCUUCGAAGUUGAGGACUGCAACUCAAUCUGAAGAUACAAAAUCCAGAAUGUUGUCCCAAGUUAAUGUUGCUAGUGUCAAGGGGACAAUCUUAAAUCAAGCAUACAAAGACAUGCCAAGAAA